AUGUGCGCGGAGCUCGGCGGAAAGCUGCCGGCCCCGGCGCUGCUGCUGCUGCUGCUGCUGGCCCUGGCCGCGCUGCUGGCCGGAGCCCGGGCUGCCGCGGGCGCUGAGGCCACGCACCCGCCGGAGGGGCCGCAGGACAGGACCCCGCAGCAGAAGGGUCGGCUGUCCCUGCAGAACACAGCUGAAAUCCAGCACUGCCUGGUCAAUGCUGGCGAUGUGGGAUGCGGAGUGUUCGAAUGCUUUGAGAACAAUUCUUGCGAGAUCCGCGGCUUACACGAGAUCUGCAUGACGUUCCUGCACAACGCUGGAAAGUUCGAUGCCCAGGGAAAAUCCUUCAUUAAAGACGCUCUGAAGUGUAAGGCUCAUGCCUUGAGGCAUAAAUUCAGCUGCAUCAGCCGUAAGUGCCCUGCCAUUAAAGAGAUGGUGUUCCAGUUACAGCGGGAGUGCUACCUGAAGCAUGACCUCUGCUCUGCUGCCAAGGAGAACGUCCAGGUCAUUGUGGAGAUGAUUCACUUCAAAGACCUGCUGCAGCAUGAGCCUUACGUUGACCUGGUGAACAUCUUGCUGACCUGCGGCGAGGAGGUGAAGAAGGCAAUAACGAGGAGCGUCCAGGCCCAGUGCGAACAGAACUGGGGAAGCCUCUGCUCCAUCCUGAGCUUCUGCACCUCGGCCGCGCACGGAGACGCCGUCCCGGGAGCCGAGAGGAAGGUGGGGGAAGGCAGCAGGGCCGGUGCUGGCCGCGGGGACAUGGUGGCCCACGCCGACCCCGAGCACAGGGAGAGCUCGCGGGCAGCCAAGGGGGAGAGAGGUGCCAAGGGCCACUCCAACGCCCGGGCCAAAGCCGGGGGCCACGGGCCCAAGGGGGCCCACGGGAUCCUGGAGCGGGCGGAGGAACUGUCCGACUUCUCCGACAUCCGGAGGUGAAAGGAGGCGCCGGCUCCCCCUUCCCCCCCCGCAAACCUCCUCCGUUGAGUUCCAUCCUCCCCCGUCUAUGGACAUUCCAAAGCAUUUCCCAUUCAGAGGUCGAGCACAGGGCAUUGCGAGAUAUCUCUCUGGACCUCUCGGCAUCAGUGUGUGUGUAUAUAGUAGCAAAGGGAGAGCAGUGGCAGUGGGUUAUCGAUCCGGCAAACUCGGCGCUCGGGUGGCAAAAAUGCCUCCGGCUAAAUUCUUUUCCCCCGGUUUUAUUUUAUUUUGGUUUGGUUUUUUUUUAUGCAACGGACAUCAUCUGAAAUUUCAGGAUCUUGUUUGGGGGUUGUUGGGUUGGGGUUUGGGGUUUGGUUUUAGGGUUGGGUUUUGGUUUUUUUUUUUUAUUUUGGGUUGGGUUUUGUUGGGUUUUUUUUCCCUUUGGUCUCCUUGGCAGGGGAGAAGGUUCCAAGCGGGCUCUGCCAGGCUGCAUGCGGCUGCUUGUGGCUUAGCACCUCCGAAGGUUUAGGGCACAGCCUUACAGCAGAUGGCUGAAUUCCAGGGGGAUUUGGUUUCUGCCUGUGGCUGGGAACGCCAGAGCUCAGGGCUCUCAACGUGAAGCUCUCUAAUGAAGGAGCUGUCCCGUCUCUGGCACAGGAACCGUGUGGUCUGGAGCUCCACCGCUUUCCCUGAAGUAACUUCUGAGCCAUUGUUCCCACCUGGAUGACGCUGCCUGGUUUUAAGUGCCCCCCGUUAGUUUUUACAAACAAGUGCAUAACUUGACGCUUGCUGAUCACAGAACCAUACCCAGUCACUUCCAAGGCAGGUAAUCAGCUUCCAGACAAGGCAAUGUGACUGUUACAGACUUGCACAGGGUGGAGGAUCCCCCAAAAGCAUUCUCAUGGACCUCUGACAGCCCUGUGCAUAUUCUCUGCUUCCAUCUGCCCUCUCAGUGAUGCAGGUCUUCCACCCUCCCAGCCCAAGCCUCAAGGGGCAGGUGUGGGCUCAGACCCUAUAAAUCCCCAUGUAUUUCGUUCCUAUUAGGGCUGCACUGCAGGCCCAUCAGGAGCCUGCCUCUCCUUUGCAGUGUGGUGUGGUUUGCUGGGAUGUGGAGCCCCACUCUAACCUGCCUACAGCUUGGUUUUAUCCAAAUGCCAAAGACAAGGAGAGGGGAUUGACUUGGGUUUGUUGUUUGUUUUUUUUUUUUUUAAAUUCUUGUGCAGGUAAACGAUGACCAAUCUCCACAGAAUGGGUUAAUAAAGGUGAAGAGUGUCAAGAGCUUAUUGUCUUUAAGCAGUUUCAGGUGUGAAUGAGGUGUUUGGCCAUAUCUCUCCUACCCCCUAUGCAAUUGUUACUCUCAGGUUGCAGCUCUGCAAUCCUAUAUUCCCAGAUAUCGUACUGGAGGUGGAGGCUGCAGCACCCACAGGGACAGGAGGGUGAGCUCUCAGCUUCCUCUAGAGAAAAAUGGGAGGUUUUUCUUAGAAAGUGGGAAUCACACCGGGGAUUGGAGCCCUCUCAUUUAGAAAGUUGGGGAGGAAAGCUGUGGGGGCAGGAAGGCAGUUCAGCAGAGACAGAACGUACCCAGUGAGCCAAGGUACGUCUUGCUGCAUGGUGGGAAGGAGCUGCAUAAACAGGAGAGGAGGGUGUUGGAAUUUGGCUACAAUUUCCAACUCAGAUUUCAGUUCCUGCUAAGUGAGCACAGCUCCUAAUAGCUACAUUCAGGGUUUAAUGCAGGGAUCCACCCGCAGAACUUGGAGGCACUGCUUUAAAUAGCAGCCACGUAGGAGGCAGGAGGGGACAGUUGAGUUGAAAAGGUGUCUCUGUGAUCGCCAGGUCUUCGCUUGAGGACGUGGCCUUGAUCCCACCCGAUUUUAGCAAAGUUCUGUGGUGGAAUUUUCGUUUGGUUUCAGUGGGAAGAGCUGGGAUCAGGCCAGCAAAGACCGUGGUGACGGUGCAGUGAGUGUGGCAUCUGCCCCGCUGGUGGGGCUGGUGACAGCUCAGCCACCCCUGGGGCACCCAGGCUGCCCCACAGAGCAGCUUGGCUUGGGCAUCACUCUCCUGGGCACCUCCUCUGCUCCAAAAACCUGCUGCUGGUACCCUAAGAAGGUUUCUCUGUGCCUCCGUGGGUUCCCUGCAAGUGUCCUCUCCCUUUUGGUGGCACAAAACCACCACAAAGAACAAGCUCAAACCAAAAAGACAAUCCAAGCAUUUUAGCACAAAAUAUAUAUAUAUAUAUAUAUAUAUAUACAAUUAAAAAAAAAAAAAAAAAAGCUAACACAAACCAGAAACAACAGCUUGCUACCAAUGUUCUUGCAUUGAACUAAAAUAAGAUCCCUCUGUCGUCAGAGGUCUCGAUUCAUCAAUGGGAACCAAACAGAGAUCUACAUCUUUGAAUGUCUCAGUCAACAUAUCACCUCAGCAUGCAUACAGUUUUAUUUGUAUUCGUUGGUUCUGUGGGGAAAAUUGUGCAUUCCCCUUGUUUAGUCAAUGAAA